AUGAGUUGCCUCCGUGCUUGCUUCAGACACAGAGGUCCUCGCGCAGAGACAGAAGCUAUGAAAAGGCAAAGCUCUGGUCAGGAGCAUGAGAUUAUUGAAUUACAAGAAGAUAACGUGGAGGACUGUGAGGCUGGUCAUGGCAAGCCUUUAAAUGCUCAAACAAGAAAGGAGAGAAAUCACUGGAAAUCAUGCGGGAAUGUAGUUUUCUGGAAGUGUAAACUAUGGAUGGUUAUAACUACAAUUUUUCUAGUAUUCUUCCUGGUCAUUGUCAUCAGCCUAAUUCUUUAUUCUAAUGUUUACACAGAUGAAGAUGACUAUUGGGAUCCUGAUGCACUACUAAAUAGUGAAAAUUGUCGCAAUUUUUCAGGAACGUUGGAGUUAAUGUGUGGUCUCCCACACUUUUUCUCCGAAGACAUUACUAAGAGGUUAACAGAUGUCUACAGUUCAUCUCCAGCUCUAGGACGCUACUUUAGGUCAGCUCAGGUGGUUUAUUUCAGUAAUGAAAGCUCUACUGUAUUUUAUCAGCUAGAGUUUUCUGUACCACCAUCAGCAGCGGAGUUUAUGGAAAACACAAUGAACCCAGAUUUUAUAAGGAAUGUUUUACGUCAAAAUAUUUAUGAUGAAGAUGAUGCUUUUAAUCCUGGGACAUCUGAAUGUAACAGGUUAAAGCUUGACCCGACUUCUCUCACAUUAACAUGUUUUCUAGGUAGUGAUUCCAAUGGCUACUGGUGA